GAAUGAUUGAAAUCCUAAGAUUUUUACUUGAAGGCAUCGUGAUACCUUUGUUAGCGGUGAUGGGUGUAGUGGUCAACGUCACUUCCCUAUUUGUCCUCAAAUCUCAUGCACUGGACAUGAAGUUAGCAUUUAGGAAUAUAUUAAUGAUGUUAGCUUUAUUCGAUGGUUGCUUUGUGGUCCUUUGUACUUUUGGAUUCAGUUUUCCUGUUUUAUUUGUUGGUUGGAAGCAAGAGGUUCAUCCGUAUUUGUUUCCUAAUCUACUUCCUUGGAUUCAGAUUUCUCUAAGUGGAUCAAUCUGGACUGUUGUGGCAGUAGGGUUGGAGAGGUAUCAAUGUGUGGCUGGAUUCACUUCUUGCAAUGCAAGUUUUGUACAACAGAGCUCUGGAAUACUGUACAUAAUGCCUGUUUAGUUUUGUACAAAAGAGCUCUGGAAUACUGUACAUAAUACCUGUUUAGUUUUGUACAACAGAGCUC